UAUAUUCCAGAUUCUAUAGACUUAGAGAAAGUAUUGUGGAUCUACAAUUACUUUUACUACGCAGGUAUCGAACCCGCAAUCAUAUGGGUACAGUGGGGUAUACGUAUGCCACUUGUCCAUCCCUGCUGUCAAUUUAUUAUAAACAUGCCUACAUCCGACAAUAUUAGAAGUGAAUUUGAAACUUCAACCUUACUGCUCAUACAUUUAGGUGCAUCAUAUUUUUACCACUUUGAUCGUAUGCGUCAAAUUGUAUAGAUAGUAGCAAUUAUGUUCAUCGUACCUACCGAUUUAUGGGUAAGUAAAACAAAGAAGUACUACCUAUAAGUACAUGAUUCUAAAACUGCGCCAAACACGAACUAGCUAUCAAUAUUGGCACCUACUAAUCGACUGCAUAAAGUACGACAGGUGCUUAUUACCCCAUUACCGUUAUAAAAACGUUUCAGGUCUACUGAAUAUUUUAACAGGCCUUGAAGGAAAGGGUGGUGACACACUUACCUUUUACUUAAGGUAGGCUGAAGGGGUUGACCGCGCUAUUGAUAUGCAAAGAGCGGCCGCCAUUUUGAGCCAUUUACUUUAAAAUUUAAUUAAAUUUACCCACUUUGUUUACAAUUCGAUAACGUCACGUCGGGCCACAGUGAAUUCUUGUCAUAUUGCCGUUUGAAAUGCUUUACUAGAAAGUCGUUUAAGUGCCUGACAAUGACGAUAGCCGACCAUCUGUUCGAUGAAGGCAUCAACAAUACUUUGCUUCAUCAUGACAUGAGACAUGUGCAACAAAAUAAAUCAGUGUACGAGAAAACUCAGAGGGAUUAUGAGCAGGAACAACGUGACUUGCUCUCGUCACAAGAUGGCGACACCUGCGAGAUUCAUGACCAGUUCUACAGGGAUCACAAGCUGCUGUUGGUGCUGUUCAGAGCCCUCGCUGUCAUGCCUAUAACCCGCUCACGACCAGGUACAAUCACUUUCAGCUGGAAAUCCACAGCCACUAUGUAUGCCGUAUGUUUCUAUAUCGCAGCGACAGUAGUUGUACUGAUAGUGGGUUACGAACGCAUCAUGAUUCUGCGCUCAAUCCGACGCUUUGACGACUACAUCUAUGCGAUCCUCUUCGUCAUAUUCCUUGUUCCACACUUCUGGAUUCCGUUUGUAGGAUGGGGCGUAGCUCAUCAAGUAGCCAUAUACAAAACCAACUGGGGCAAGUUCCAGGUGAGGUACUACCGUGUCACUGGAGAAAACCUGAAGUUCCCUAACUUAAAGACGACGAUUGUCAUCAUAAGCGUUGGGUGUCUGUUACUGGCGGUCUGUUUCCUCCUAAGCCUGUGUAUAUUGCUGGAUGGAUUCCUGUUACGUCACACCACAGCCUAUUAUCAUAUUAUAACCAUGAUCAAUAUGAACUGCGCUCUUUGGUACAUCAAUUGUAAAGGGAUCAAGAUUGCCUCGCAAAGUCUUUCCGAAUGUUUUCGAAGGGACGUUGAAAUAGAGUGUUCAGCUAAACUUAUAUCUCGAUAUCGAUAUCUCUGGCUGAAUCUGUCUGAACUGCUGCAGUCUUUGGGAAACGCCUACGCCCGAACCUACUCUACCUAUUGCCUGUUUAUGUUUGCCAACAUAACGAUUGCUGUGUACGGCGCUCUCUCGGAGAUAGUGGACCACGGGUUCGGGUUCAGUUUCAAGGAGAUGGGUCUCUUCGUAGACGCCGCGUAUUGCUCCACCCUGCUGUUCAUAUUUGUAGACUGCUCGCACAAGUCAACCCUCACGGUGGCUGCCGGCGUCCAGGACACUUUGCUUUCAAUAGACGUGCUAGCAGUGGACAGACCAACACAAAAAGAGAUUGAUCAUUUCAUCCAAGCCAUCGAGAUGAACCCUGCUGUCGUCAGUCUGAAGGGCUACGCACAUGUAAACAGGGAACUCCUAACAUCGGCAAUCAGCAUGAUAGCAAUCUACUUGAUCGUUUUGCUGCAGUUCAAGAUAUCCCUGCCAAAAGAUCCUCAAAUAGUGACUUAAUUGGUAGUAGAAUAUAGUUUAAUUUCCAUUGUAGGUCGUUAGACAACGUGUCAACAAAUAAACAUAGCUCUAAUUAGGUCCCGAAGCACCAAAUUCAGUGACCCGUAAUUAUGAAACUGUAGAAUGCAACAUUGUGGUGACAACAAUUUUAGACGGUUUAAAACCGCCGGAAAUAAUAAACCAUAUCACGAGUUAUGUUUGUUUAACUUAAUUCCCCUUUCUGUGUUCGUUUUAACUUUUCUCUGAUAUAUGUU